UGCAGCGCUCCGGCGUCAUGGAGCCAUGGAGCGUUGCAAUAAGCACACAUGCAAAACGCAGGAACACAUACCUUGAGCGAUACCGUGGCAUCGUAUAGCCAUCACGGGCGCUUAGCUCAUUAACUACGGAUCGACCAUGGGAAUCACGACUAUGCAUCAACCGCAUUAUACACACCAAUCUUCCUUCUCUCUCUCUCUCUCUCUCUCUCACACACACACACAAGCCCCGGGUGCACAGCAUCGGGAUCGCUGCCCGUUCAUCCACGGUGUCUUGAAACAGACAAGCCCUCGCCGGGUCACACCUUGGCUAGUUAUUGCGCAAAGUGCUUCACUCGCCGGGCAAUUCUUACCGAGGGUGUGGUUCAUCAAUGUAAUUAAGCGCGCGCGUUCCGACCGUAGCUGCUGUGCUGUAUUCAAAGGGCACAGCAGAUCCUACGAUGUGAGUUAUGUACGUACGUAUGUAACCGCGUCAAACUCCCAUGCAGAGCGAACACUUGAGCUCCCAUAUCUAGCUCCGAGACAUGAUCAAAAGGCGCAAAUAACAAUCAUUGAGAAUCGAGAUAUGGCAAGGCAGAUCAGACAACCCGGGGUGUAUCUAUCGAGAUAUGACGCCGCAACCUGUUGCCGCCAUCCAGGAGUCAGGCGUAAGAAUCAAUCAAAACGUCAUUAUCAUCAUUCUCUCCUUGUACCAGUAAGACAGAGCAGAUUCCGUCAUAGCAGCCACAAUGCGGCCAAUAAACCUUUACCUCUUGUGUCUGCUACGUGCAUAUAAUGGAAACCAUACCAAUGCAGGACCUACCGCUCGCUUCCAUGUAGGACUCGUCUUGGUAACUGCGCGCCUUACCGUAACCUGAACAAACGGCAGCAAGGCGGGAAGUAUCACUUCAUUCAACGACGAAACAACGCGAGUAAGCAAAAAGUUCU